AAUUAGUUCUUAAUGGUGAAAACUAUUACAUAAAUCUGAAUAGAUAAAUCAAUUGAAUGAUAUUUUCUAAUGUAAAGUAAAAUAAUUUAUAAUACUCCUACGAGUUGAAGACAAACGUUUUGAACUUGAUGGCCUUCACUUAAAAUAUUUCUUAACUUUGUUCAACCUACGGAUUAUGUGAGAAGUGCUUAGAUUAGGUCAUUUAAGGCAAGAGAGUCGUAACUUAGGGUUUUGUUUUUACAUUCUGCGCCUUGGUAUAAGUAUUUUUCAAUUACUUUCUACUGGAGUUGCUUCCGUGUAACAAUCUAAAUUACGAAACUAUUCUGCACACGUUUUAUCCUCAUAUAUUUACAUAUAUCAAUCGCAUCAAUUAUUGUGUACAUUAGACCGUAGCAUUGUUGUCCAUAUUUAUCGUAUUCACGGUUACGUUAAUUGCAAAAGACAUAAAAGCUCACGAAAAUGCCAAGGAAGUUAUUGAAAUUUUUGAUUGUGUUUGAUAACACAUCAUUGUUAUACUUUCCGGGUCAAUUUUUGUCUGGGAAAGUGUUAAUGGAAUUGCAAGAAGAUACACCAGUGUUAGGUCUACAUUUCCAUGUCAUCGGUGAGGGUGUAGUGCGAGUGGGCUCCGGUCGUCAUGAGCGGUUGUUUGAUAAAGAGAAUUAUAUUGAUUUCAGGAUGCGUCUUCUUGGUGAAUCAGGUCAUACACCAUCAUUAUUAUCUCCGGGCAUCCACAGUUUUCCAUUUAAGCUAGGUUUACCUAUGGGACUACCAUCAACAUUCCUUGGCACACACGGCUGGGUCCAGUACUAUUGUAAAGCUGCUUUAAGAGAACCAAAUGGGUUAACACACAAGAACCAGCAAGUUUUUAUUGUUAUGAAUCCAAUUGAUCUAAAUUUGGAGCCUCCUGUGUUAUCUCAAGAGCUAGAAUGCAGUAUCGAGCACCGCGUGGGUGUGGGAUGCGUGGGCGGUGGUGCGGUAGCGUGCAGCGUGUCGCUCGACCGCGGCGCAUACGUUCCCGGUGAGAGCAUCGCGCUCUCUGCACGACUCGUCAACAACUCGCGCACCGCUAUCAAGUGUACACGAGCUGCAUUAACAGAGACAAUCCAGUAUUCGGCACACGGUAAAGUGGCGGCGAAGGAGGUGCGCGAGCUGGCGACUCUGACGCACGGUAAGACGCGGCCCGGCGGCUCCGACGUGUGGCGCCGCGAGCUGCUCUAUGUGCCUCCACUGCCACCCACAAAUCUACGCGGCUGUCACCUCAUCGCCGUACACUAUGACGUAUAUUUCAUAAUUGAGCCGAAGAGUUUGGAAAAAGAGGUGAAGCUGCAACUACCUAUUGUACUCGGCACAUAUCCGUUCCGUGAACGUGAUGAGGAUGGUGAGCGCGGGGAGCAGCCACCUACACACUACCCCACUACACUACCCGUCUUCCGCGCCUGGCUGCACGACAAGCCGCGCUGAUCACAUGUAUGACUCCAUACAUACAUACAUACAUACUCAAGCAU